AUGGAACCUGGUUUCUCUCCAUCUGAGAAGUCUAGCUCUCACCCUGAGAAACCCAGUUCUAACCCUGAGAAACCUAGUGCUUCUAUGGAACUCAGUUCAUCCUUCCCUUCUGAGAAACCCAAUUCUAAACCCGAGAAUCCCAGUACAGCUAUGGAACCCAGUUUAUCCCUCCCUUCUGAGAAACCCAGUUAUAAACCUGAGAAACCUAGUGCUCCUAUGAAUCUCAGUUCAUUCCUCCCUUCUGAGGAACCAAGUUCUAAACCUGGAAAACCCAGUCCGAAAUCUGAGAAACUUAGUACUCCUGUGGAACCCAGUUCAUCCCUCCCUUCUGAGGAACCCAGUUCUAAACCUGAGACACCUAGUGCUCCUAUGAAUCUCAGUUCAUCCCUCCCUUCUGAGAAACCCAGUUCUAAACCUGAGAAACCUAGUGCUCCAAUGGAAUCUGGUUCCCCUCAAUCUGAGAAGUCUACCUCUCAUCCUGAGAAACCCAGUUCUAACCCUGAGAAACCUAGUGCUCCUAUGAAUCUCAGUUCAUCCCUCCCUUCUGAGAAACCCAGUUCUAAACCUGAGACACCUAGUGCUCCAAUGGAAUCUGGUUCCCCUCAAUCUGAGAAGUCUACCUCUCAUCCUGAGAAACCCAGUUCUAAACCUGAGAAACCUAGUGCUCCAAUGGAAUCUGGUUCCCCUCAAUCUGAGAAGUCUAGCUCUCACCCUGAGAAACCCAGUUCUAACCCUGAGAAACCUAGUUCUCCUAUGAAUCUCAGUUCAUCCCUCCCUUCUGAGGAACCCAGUUCUAAACCUGAGACACCUAGUUCUCCUAUGAAUCUCAGUUCAUCCCUCCCUCCUGAGAAACCCAGAUCUAAACCUGAGAAACCUAGUGCUCCUAAGAAUCUCAGUUCAUCCCUCCCUUCUGAGGAACCCAGUUCUAAACCUGAGACACCUAGUGCUCCUAUGAAUCUCAGUUCAUCCCUCCCUUCUGAGAAACCCAGUUCUAAACCUGAGAAACCUAGUGCUCCAAUGGAAACUGGUUCCCCUCAAUCUGAGAAGUCUAGCUCUCACCCUGAGAAACCCAGUUCUAAACCUGAGAAACCUAGUGCUCCUAAGAAUCUCAGUUCAUCCCUCCCUUCUGAGAAACCCAGUUCUAAACCUGAGAAUCCUAGUGCUCCAAUGGAAUCUGGUUCCCCUCAAUCUGAGAAGUCUACCGCUCAUCCUGAGAAACCCAGUUCUAACCCUGAGAAACCUAGUGCUCCUAUGAAUCUCAGUUCAUCCCUCCCUUCUGAGGAACCCAGUUCUAAACCUGAGACACCUAGUGCUCCUAUGAAUCUCAGUUCAUCCCUCCCUUCUGAGAAACCCAGUUCUAAACCUGAGAAACCUAGUGCUCCAAUGGAAUCUGGUUCCCCUCAAUCUGAGAAGUCUAACUCUCACCCUGAGAAACCCAGUUCUAACCCUGAGAAACCUAGUGCUCCUAUGAAUCUCAGUUCAUCCCUCCCUUCUGAGAAACCCAGUUCUAAACCUGAGACACCUAGUGCUCCAAUGGAAUCUGGUUCCCCUCAAUCUGAGAAGUCUACCUCUCAUCCUGAGAAACCCAGUUCUAAACCUGAGAAACCUAGUGCUCCAAUGGAAUCUGGUUCCCCUCAAUCUGAGAAGUCUGGCUCUCACCCUGAGAAACCCAGUUCUAACCCUGAGAAACCUAGUUCUCCUAUGAAUCUCAGUUCAUCCCUCCCUUCUGAGGAACCCAGUUCUAAACCUGAGACACCUAGUUCUCCUAUGAAUCUCAGUUCAUCCCUCCCUCCUGAGAAACCCAGAUCUAAACCUGAGAAACCUAGUGCUCCUAAGAAUCUCAGUUCAUCCCUCCCUUCUGAGGAACCCAGUUCUAAACCUGAGACACCUAGUGCUCCUAUGAAUCUCAGUUCAUCCCUCCCUUCUGAGAAACCCAGUUCUAAACCUGAGAAACCUAGUGCUCCAAUGGAAACUGGUUCCCCUCAAUCUGAGAAGUCUAGCUCUCACCCUGAGAAACCCAGUUCUAAACCUGAGAAACCUAGUGCUCCUAAGAAUCUCAGUUCAUCCUCCCUUCUGAGAAACCCAGUUCUAAACCUGAGACACCUAGUGCUCCAAUGGAAUCUGGUUCCCCUCAAUCUGAGAAGUCUACCUCUCAUCCUGAGAAACCCAGUUCUAAACCUGAGAAACCUAGUGCUCCAAUGGAAUCUGGUUCCCCUCAAUCUGAGAAGUCUAGCUCUCACCCUGAGAAACCCAGUUCUAACCCUGAGAAACAUAGUUCUCCUAUGA